CGCGGCGGCGAUGACGCGCUAUGUUUAUGUCCUGCAGCCGUUGAGGUGACGGUGCUGCCGCGGCCAUGGCCAUGUUUCGCAGCCUGGUGUCGUCCUCUCAGCACCGGCAGCAUCACCCGCACCAGCCCCCGGCCGCCCCGUCCUCCGCCGACAGCCUGGAGGCCCAGUACGGCUGCCCCAUCUGCCUGGAGGUCUACUACAAGCCCGUGGCCAUCGGGAGCUGCGGACACACGUGAGCCACCGGGGGAGGGAGGGAGGCCGAAACGUGAGCCACCGGGGGAGGGGGGCGUGAGCCACCGGGGAGGUGAGCCACCGGGGAGGUGGGGGGUCCCCACCGUGAGCCACCGGGGGAAGCGAAACGUGAGCCACCGGGGGAGGUGGGGGGGGGGGUCCGAAACGUGAGCCACCAGUGGAGGGAUCCUCAUUAAUGGGGCCCUCACAGCUGCUGAUCCCUUCCUGUCCCAUGGGUAACCACAACCACUUCAGCUGCUGUUUGACAUCGACUUCCCGCGUGUUGAAAGUCGUAGUCCAUACCUACUAGAGUGACCAGUCCAUAGAUACUGACCAUCCUGUAGACCAGGGGCAGGCAACCUCAAGCUGUUGUGGACUACACCUCCCUUGAUGCUUUGCCAGUAUCAUGGCUGGACAUGCAUCCCAUUGUACAGCGCUAUGGAAUUUGAUGGCGCUAUAUAAAUAAUAUAAUAAUUAUGGAAAAUGUAGUCUACAUCAUCUGAAAUGCCAAAGGUUGCCUACCCCUGCUCUAGACUGGAAGCUCGUUUAACAUGUCAUGAUUCCCUUUUAUUCCAGAAGUUUGGUCCUUAAGGGGUUAAUUAAGCAAGGUCCUAAUCAACCUAUUGUAGUUUGUAACAUUUUUGUAAAUAUCUAAUUUUAUUAUGAAAUGUAAUCCAUUUUAUAAUGUUGUAAAACAACGCGGAAAACGGCGCUAUAUAAAUGCCAAUAAUAAUAAUAAUCUGUGUUUAUUUAGGACUCUAGAGAGAACCCUACUUUCACUGUCAUUGGGUAUCCACCAUACAGCUCCCUAAUAUUUGAGAUUUUUUCCAACUUGGGUCUGUCCAUAUAAUGCAAUUGUUGUAGCCUCAGGCUGGCCCGUUUUGCUAUUUUAUGUUGAGUUGAGAACAGGCAGAUCACAUUCAUCAUGUGUCUGGCUACUGUCCACAGUAAAUAGUUGACUUUAGCCAUUUCCAAGGUAACCGAGACAACUGCCACUUAAAAGAGUCUAAUUAUCACCGUGUGUUUUUCCCAUGAUAAUUAGCAUUUAGUGCUUUAUCUGGCAUAUUAUAUCUCUGUACUUAAUCGAAACUUAUCAACCAAGUUUACUUGUUAAACAAGCUUCAGCACUAGGAUGCUGGUCAGCGGCUAGUGCCUUCAUCAUUUGCUGCAUCUCUACAUGCAUGACUCCUAUUUUCCCAGUUCUCUAGUAAUGAUCUAUUUAGCACAAACUAUUCGUCCAUUGGUGUUCCCCAAAUAAUUUGUAGUGGAUGUCCAGAUGAAAUUUGAGAAGUCACUAGUUUAUUUGUUAUGAGACAAAAAUGGGUACAUCCAUUGAGGUCUGUAUUUUGCAGCCUAAAAAGUUAUACAUCAAAAUGUUUCAGUAGCUACUUGUCAUAUAGGAUUUGCUUAGCCUUGUUACUGGGGGGAAAAAACAAUUCUCCACCUCCUAUUCAUCCAAUGUAUAUCUUAACUUGAUUGUUUAUUUCCCAUUCAUUGGAAACUGUAGUUAAAAUAAAGUGAUCUACCGGUACAAUGAGUUUCCAGUUCUCUAUGGUAGGUGAGAUAUGCUUAGAAUAUUACUGAGAUUCACUCAAAAUAUGGCUAUACAUAGGACACGAGGUCACAUAUUUAGGCUGAAAGAAAGGAGAUUUCAUUUAAGGCAAAUAAAAGGUUUUGGUUUUUUUUUUUACAGUAAGAGCAAUAAGGAUAUGUAAUUAUCUGCCUGAAGAGGUGUCAGAGUCUAAACAGAUGUUUAAACUGCAAUUGGAUAAAUACUUGCAAAAACAUAACAUACAGGGGUAUAAUUUCUAAUUAGUGGGGUAAUAGCUGCUUGAUCCAAGGAGACAUCUGACUGCUAUUUUGGGGUCAAGAAGGAAUUUUUUCCAAGUUUGUUGCAAAAUUGCAAGCGCUUCAGACUGGGUUUUUUGCCUUAUUUUGGAUCAACAGCAAAAACAUAUGUGAGGGAGGCUGAACUUAAUGGACAAGUCUCUUUUCAGAUAUAUAUAUAUAUAUAUAUAUAUAUAUAUAUAUAUAUAUAUAAUGUGUGUGUAUGUUCUGCUAUUUUAGCUCUCUACAUGCUUCAUGGAAUAUAUUUUAGAUAAGCAGUUUCAGUUAAUGUAUGGAGAGCACAAGAUAUACCUCAAACUAUAUUAUUAAUGUGCACAAUUAGCAAGAACAUUUCCCACAAAAUCAUUACCUCUAAAAUCAUUGUUUACGAAGUGCCCAUACUGAGCAUGUGUGAAAUGUAAUACUCUCCUGGAAUUCCCAACAUCUAGAUUGGAUGUCCAGAACAAACUUCAAGCUCAUAUGAAUAUAUUCAACAACAAAAUACAGACUGCUAACUAUUAAUAUGUACCUUACCACUAAUAUAUAAUUUGGAUUAGCCGUAUUAGUCCAGUAGAGAAGAUACCAAAGUAUUGCAGUAUGCAAUGAUACCUUUUUUUUUAUUGGACUAACAUAAUAUUUCAAAGACAAGCUUUCGAGAGUUCCCACUCUUCCUCAGGUCUGAAACAGCUCUGGUAAUUUUAUCUAUCUAUCUAUCUAUCUCAAAAUUCAUUGGAUAAAAGCAAUUAAACACAGUGUCAAAACGUAAGAAUUAAAGUGUAGUAUAGUAGUGACAUAUCCGUCACAAAGCAAUUAGAAAAGGAAGUGUAGAAAUAAUAAUAAUAAAAAAAAAGUAGUGUGGGGGGAGGUCAUGUGUCUCUUACAUCACUAAGCAGCCUAGACUGUCCAACAAAUGUGGAGUGCUCCAUAUAUGGAAAAAUGUGCUGGGGGCAUCAUGGCAUCUCCAACAUCCACCAUCCUGAGAGGGAUCAAACCUGUGUAGGGUCUGUGGAGUUUUAUACCAAAGAGAUAGCUUAUAGGCUGUUUCCUGCAUUAUGCUGGCCACCUUGGUGUACUAAAUUACAAAUCUUGUCCCAUUGGGGAGCUAAAAACACAUGGUGUUCAGAGCCAUCUCCCAGUGGCCAAAGAUAGUAGGGGUAGGAGAUUUGCGUUGGCACUGUAGGGUGGCGUACAGAAAAGAGAUCCUCAAAGCUUAUCAAGUCCCACUCAAGGUAGUGACCUUGUGUUAAAUAUUUUAGUGCUGGGGGGCUGGGCUUUGACGCCAAGUGGGACAGUCGCAGCUUGCUAGAGCUCCGGAGAAAAAUCUAUACAAUAAGCUAUUUAGGGGGUGCAAUUAUUCUGCAACUUCAAUCCCAGACAUGGGCACACAUGCCUGGCACCCCCUGGGCAACUCUGGUGUGGCUUUGACAGUAGACGAGGCCGAUCUCUCUGUCUGGUGCUGUCCAGACCUACUUGCUGACUGCCAGAGCACUUUACUCCCCCUCCCCACCCUCUGGGCUGGUGGGGGUCAUCCUAGUCCCCGACAAGCAAAUACCCACCGCCACAGCAUAUCUUGGCGAAGCUCGUGGAAAAAAGCCCCCACACAGUCCAAAAUGGCCGUGUGGCAAUGCAGCUACUGAGCAUGGUGAGCCUUAAACUGGGAAGCUGAUUUCCUGAAGGCUAUCGAUCAUAUAGUACAGCUCUACGGAAUUUGUUGGCGCUAUAUAAAUAAUAAAAUAAUAAUAAUAAUAUAUGCAAGCAGUUUUGAAUGGGCUUGGAGGCUCUGAAUCCGCGGCCUGCAUCACCCGCUCCUAGGGCACAAUCAUCCAGGCAGAGCUCCGGCACCCCCCUCCCAGACCGAGAACCAAGAGUGUCCGUGCCCGCAGUCCACGUACCCGGAUGAAGCCCUGCCGCCCAAUAUCCCGAGACUUUCUACCCAUAGCGGCACUACAACGGACACUUACAAGAGAGGCACUGGCUCCCUGGCGGAGAACCAAGAGGUGUACUUGCCCACCGUCUAAUAUCCCAAGACUUUCUCUCCAUAGCUGCACGAUAACGGACACUUACAAGAGAGGCACUGGCUCCCUGCUUGACCCAGGCAAGAGGUGGUGAUAAGGCAUGAAGUACUAAACUGCCCACUCGGACUGGCAGCAACACUCCUCUCCACUACUUGCCAGAGGCAUAGGGUAUGGGGGGGUUACCAUGCCAGGGAUCGCUCACCUGCCCUAUACUCUCCAUUCACGCACUCUGCCUGUCCUGAGUCGAUGUGGCCAAGAAGAACCCAACUUGAAAACAUACCAUCUGCAUAACUUGACUUUGUCCUGAUCCUGGCCUCAAAUGACUUACCCUCCCAGUUCCAGCGGCUUUGCAGACUAGGCAUCGCCUGAUCCCAGACAACAAGGGGAUUUUGUUUAUUAUCUUUCAUGUGUCCUGGGGAUGGCUCCUGUAGUCUCACUUUCUACUCUAGUUUAGUCUAAGCCGCUAUAUGACAAUAUGACAAGCUUGUUUAACUACAGAUUUAUAUAAUCUAACACCUUUCAUGCAACCAUACUGAAAAUGAUUAGUUUGCUAUAUAAAUAGUCAUACCCUCCUAUUAGACUAACUAAAGCAUGUUUUUUUUGAUUGCUUUUACUUUUAUAAAAAAGUCCAAUGUCUACUCUCAUGCCUUUGGGCCAAGAUGGCUAUCCCUAUGUUGUUUCUAGCUAUAUUUGUUACUGGACUUGGCAAAACUGACCAGCGUGUUUUACUUUAACAAUAAAUGAGACUGUUAUUACUAGGAGUUUGCGCUCUUAAGCUGUGUAUAUCAUAAGUAAUGUCAAUCUCCCUAACUCUUUCUCUUUACUCUGUACCCUUUAAACCUAAAGUCUCAAUAAAAGACAAAUAGACAAAUAUUUUAGUGCUGGUUUUUGUGUUACUAUUGGUCUUACAAAACUGUCUUUUCCUUCUUGUUUUAUGUGUUGCUUUUUUCAUUUUUUUUUUUUUAUUAUUCAUGGGACUGGUACAUGGUAAAGAUGUACAGCUACUCUGCCUUUUUGUUUUCUGAAGUGAAAAUACUCCAAUAAAGUAAAAGGUGCGAUUUUAUAGCUGGACUGAUAUUUUUUAUAUUGCUUGCUGUCACUUCACUACUAAUGCUAUUUGUACCUCAAUACCCCCGCCACUCCCCAUUUAAAGCACAAAAGUGAUCUACUGAUUGACUUUCUUGCAGGUUUUGUGGGGAGUGCUUGCAGCCAUGUCUCCAGGUUCCAUCCCCUCUAUGUCCGCUCUGCCGCAUGCCAUUCGACCCAAAGAAAGUGGACAAAGCCUCCAAUGUAGACAAACAACUUUCUUCAUAUAAGGCUCCCUGCAGAGGCUGCAGUAAGAAGGUGAGUCUUGUCAUUUUAUUAUAUUAAUCAGAGGACACUUAAUCCAUAGAAGUAAAGUGUGUCCUGUAAUCCUGUUGCUGUCAUUGUUGUGUACAAGGCUGACAUGCCCACACAAGUAAGGCAGGUCCUUUGACCAUACAGCCUUAUUUGGUGGAGGGCAUAUCUUUGUACUGCAAUUACUCAGUGUUGUAUCCAGUGGGGGACCAGUUUAAAUCACCAGAUCACAUGUGGCAUAAGACUGAGAGCCCACUGAUUAAUGGAGCCUAUUCAUAGGCAGAUCUCACUGCUGUUGCUUGUCUGUGCAAGUGCAGCAGCUGCAGGAUCUUUAGAGGCGAGUGUAUAUUGGGUAUUGGAUAUGGCUUUAUGACCCAAGUAAAGAAGAGUGCUUCUAGUCUAUAGUUGAAAAUUGUUAAUUAGACCCUAGGAACUGCUAUUGAUCCUAGAAACCUUAUUGGUUCCUCCUGUUUGGGUUCAUAUCGCUACAUGCGUAAAUUGACAUAGAUGGAUCUUGUAAUCUAACUGCAUUCAAAAUGGCUCUGUCUCCUAUUGUUUCCUCUUCCUAAUUUCUGAUCUAUUUCUCUUUUAAAAGAUAAUGCCCAGUAGGGACUACUUUGUCUUUUGUAUUUUUCCUACGCCUGACCAUUGUGACAAAAGGGUGGUGCUUAAGGCAAGCUCCACGUCCUUUGUUAGCUUGACAGAAUUUAUAAAGGAAGUGCAGCCUACCUUAAGCUCCAACCUUUUGUCACAAUUGUCAGGUGUUAGUAAAAUACAUAAGACCAGGUAGUCCCUACAUUUGUCUUAUGUUUUGAAGAGAAAAGAACAGGUUCUGAAAGUGGGAACAAUAGGAGAAAGGAAAGUUUGAGGUGACUGAAACACUUAAGUAAAUAUAUGUAGAUCUUCUGGAUCCAAGUAAGGAUUUUUGUUUGCCUUUUGGUUGUGGUUUGAAGGUAGAGGUUUCCAAGUGCUGAACAAAGGGAUCUUACUGUUGAUUCCUCCAGUUUUCACCAUGUGAACCUGCUGAUUGCUCCACACGGGGAAAAAAUGUACAUGAAAAUCAGUGGAAUGUUCCUGCUGAUUGCGGAUUGCUACAGUUAGCUCUAUAGUAGAAGUCUUUUUUACAUGUUAAAAACCAUUGAGUCUAUACAACUUCUAUCAUCGCGCCUUUUAAAGCAAUCCAAAAAGACGUACCCAUUAUUAUGUGGUUACACGCUGUGAAACUGAUUCCUAGUUGUUUUGGUCACAAAAGCCAGGAAUGCAUUAUUAAUGUUUGCGCCAUCUUUGCUGUCAUUUUAGGUGACGCUCGCAAAGAUGAGAUCUCAUAUUUCAUCAUGCACCAAGGUUCAAGAACAGAUGGCUAACUGUCCAAAAUUUGUUCCUGUUGUCCCAACAUCGCAGCCCAUUCCUAGGUAUUGAUUAUUAUUGCUGGAUUGCCUUGUGUAAAUAUAUUGUUGUUUGUUUUUCUCGACGCUAAUAACCUCUUUCUAAAUUUAUAUUAUUCAGACAUCUAUGACAAAGUGUAAGCUGUUUUCUCAUAUCACAAUUAUUUGUACUAUGUUUACAGUCAAUGUAGCACUUAUUUGCUGAGGCAACUGUCACCUCAAUUUUUUAUCUAAUUUCAUUAAGUAUUGAAAGGAAUGUUAAAAAAAGUUAAGUUUAUGAAAGAAAAGGGGGGGGGGACCCGGAGUCUUAAUCCCUGCCUUUAGUAUAUGGCCAGAUUCUUCUUUAACCCCUUAAGGACCAAACUUCUGGAAUAAAAGGGAAUCAUGACAUGUCAUGUGUCCUUAAGGGGUUAAAUAUGGUAUCUGAAAGAGUAAAACAAACUUCAUCCAUGCCUUUUAGUAUACAACAGACUUCUUCAGCUACAAAAAUGCACCUUUGGUUGGACAGUGUUUGAAAACAGACAGUCUCUAUGGUCUACCCAGCUUCACUCUGUCAGGAUUACAGUAUGAUCCAGCACGUAGAAGUGUGUAACACAGGAGACUAAUGGGUAACGUAUACCGGGCCUUAGAAUGGCCAGACUCACGUACCAAAGAAUAGUCAGGAAUAGCCGCAGAAAGGGACACAACGAUAAAGGAAAGCCAGAGGUCAGGGAUACCAGAAAACAGGGAAGUCAAAAUCAAUGCCAGAGUCGAAUAACCAGAAUAAGGAACGCGCUCUGUGACAACCACUAGGGAAACCACGACAGGGCAAUAAGGGGAGGUAUUUUUAGGUUUAAAUACCUGCUUUACUAUUUUGAUUGGCUGAAAUCUCUUUUUCACCCCAAAACGUGCGCGACGUCGUCAAUCACGUGAGCAGAUGUGGGGGUAUAUUUUGUCAUGAAUCCUUAGCGGCUGGGUGCAUAAACUGCAAGGUGAGGAAGAAUAUGUUACGCACUCUUUGGUAAGGGAAGACAAUAGAGACUGUCUGUCUGGUUUUAGACAUUGUCCGACCCAAGGUGCAUGUAAAUGGCUGAAGGAUCUUCGUCAUAUUCUACAGGUAUGAGUUUUAGGUGUUUUUUGUUUUGUUUUUUUAAGUAUACUUUAAAAAUAAAUCUAUUUCCUUUCAAUACUUGAUGAUAGGAUUAUUAUAUCAAAUAUUUUGAGGUGGCAGUUGUCCUUUAAGUCUCGGUCACUAAAUGGAGCGGUAGUGGUUUUUCUGAUAAGAAGAGAGAUCCUUUAAUAGUUAUAAAAUAAUCCAGAGAACUGAAUUGUAAAUUCUUUCCUAUAUUGCAUAAUAACUUCUGAAUAUGCCAGUAUUGUGUACACCUUUCCAUUUAUAUAUUAUACAGAAUCUUAAAUAAACUACUGUUGUCUUUCUCAGCAAUAUCCCAAACCGUUCUACAUUUGUAUGUCCAUACUGUGGAGCUCGAAAUCUGGACCAGCAGGAGCUAGUUAAACAUUGCAUGGAAAACCACAGGAGUGAUCCUAACAAAGUGGUAAGAGCUGCUAUACAGUAGGGCACAUCCUGCUUAUCGAAGGUAUUAACAGGCUUGGGUGUUUAAACCGAGCCUAGAUCCUUCUCCAGUUGGCUUUCACCAUUACGUUCCUCUACUAUUUAUUCAGGUAACGCUUGUUUAUAACGAGGUAUUAUAUCUCACAUUAAAAUAGUUAAAAGGGGGGUACGUUCCUAAAAUGUGUAUUUUGCACACCGGUCGAAUUCUGUUCUCCUAUGACGAAGAUGCAGAGGUGUAGCUAGCUUUUAUGGCUAGCUAUAAAUGUAUUUUGCCUGUAGAACUGUAUUUUAUUUUUUUUUGUCUCCCCCCUACACCCCCCAAACCCAUUUUUUGUUACUUUAGUUACAUGCACAUGCUUACAUUCAUAUACAUACGCAAUUUUAUUUUAAUUUUUUCUGUGCACUCCUGCCCUUCCCCCACUUAGUACACUUCUGUGUAUUUGACAUGGAUGUUCAGAUUAUAACUAUUCUUGAGCCCUUCCGCUACGUGCAAAUACACCUCUUUUAUGGAUCCAUCCCAGAUCGACAAUUAAUGCACAGGGAACUUACAUUGUUUGAGGGUUUGUGCUUUGGGGGAUGUGGAGCUGGAGAGUGCAGUCUCUUACUUUAUAUCAGCCCUUGUUGAUUGGUGACAGGAUAGACACAUGUACACUCACUGACGAACAAUGGAAUAAGGCAGGGGUUCCCAAUAAAUUUUUCCCGUGGAACCCUUUGACAUAGUGUAUCAACAUCGUGGAACCCCCCACCCCCGGAAAUUAUUUUACAAUUGCACCAUUUUUUUUAUUUUUUAAAUGUGACGGUGUGUAUAUCUGUGCAUGUAUGUGCCAGUUGUAUAUCUGACACAGAUACACACACACACACACACACACUGUGUGUGUAUCUGUGUGUUUGUAUGUGUCUGUGUUUGGUAUGUGCCAGUGUGUAUGAAUCUGACACACAGAUACACACACCUUGACACACAGUGUGUAUCUCUGUGUGUAUGUAUGUAUCUAUCUGUUUGUCAAGGUGUGUAUAUUUGUGUUUGUAUGUGCCAGUGUGUGUGAAUCUGACAGAUAUACACACUGGCAGAUAGUGGCACACAAAUACACACAUUUACACAGAUACAGACUUUGACACACAGUGUGUAUCUGUGUGUGUGUGUGUUUGUAUGUGUCUGUCACUCACUGACAAGCACACAUUCACUCUCACUGACAAACACACAAACACAUACAAACUCCCUAACAGACACACAUACAACUUAUUUUUUCAAAUAUUUUACUCCACCCAGCCCUCCUACCUUUUAGGAGUGCUGGUAUGGAGUCUCUGGGGUCUAGUGGGGCUGCUAGCAUGAAGUCCCUGUGGUCCAGUGGGGAUGGUUGCAGCUUGGCGGGCGGCGAGGGACAGACAGGCGAGUGGUGGAAGCGGGCGGCAAGGGAGCUCUGAUCUCUCUGCUCAGCUCCCUCGCAUGCCUCUUAGUGAUGCCGGAGUGACGUCAUAUUCCGGCUCCGGCAUCACUGCUGUGCACGGGAGGGAGCUGAGCAGAGAAAUCUCUGAUCCCUCGCUGCCUGCUGCCAUAUUUUUUUUUUUUUUUUGUGGAACCCCAAUUUGUGUUCCGCGAAACACCAAUUGGGAAACGCUGGGAUAAGGUGGUACUCUUACACUAUAAGAGCUCGAUUAGCACCAAAUGUCAGGAAGUAGAUUAUAUAUUCUUGUCCGUGCGAUAUCGGACCUUGUCCUACCUACACAAAAUGUCCUGGAGGUGUGGAGGCACAGUGCAGUAUCUGGUGGGACUGCCCAUUAUAUAUUGGCACAUGGUUAGGAAUAUACUCUCUCCAAUAUAUUUGGGACAACGCCUUUGCUUGAAUUUGGAAAUGUGCUCCUUCAUGUGACUCUUGCCAAUAUCGAAAUACAAAAAAAAAAAUCAGCUCUACGACAUUUACUAAAUACUGCAAUAUUACUAUUGUCUGCUCUCUGGAAAUGUCCUGAAUCCUUUACAAAUGAACAGUGGUUUAACAGAGUUGAAGGGAUACAGGAAGCUGAGACCUUAUUGGCAUCCCUUUCAGAGUAUAGCAUAAAAGACUCUGAACACUGGUUUUCCUGGAUUGAUUACAUACUCCAGCGAUAUACAUUGAAAUGGGGAUGGGGUGGGGUUUGGGGACUUCUUUUACUUUUUAAUGUUUCUCUUUAUCUAUAAACUGGUUUUCUUUUGACUCACUACUCAUCUGUUUUACUUCCUCACAUCCGAGUCCGGGACCAAAAUGGGUUAUAGGCUCAUGUGAACGGGGACCCCAUUAGAAGCCUAACUAUGAUUAUGUAGUGAAAAGAUGAAAACCUUAAAUUGAUACUCUCUUCUGUAAACACUGACACAAUUAAAUAUUGUCAAAACCCCCCCACCAGAUUAGAACAAUUCAGUUUAGGAGGCCUGCUUUGUUUCCUAGGUGUGCCCCAUAUGUUCAGCCAUGCCAUGGGGAGAUCCCAGUUACAAGAGUGCCAAUUUCCUGCAGCACCUGCUACAUCGGCAUAAAUUCUCUUACGACACAUUUGUGGUAUGUACUUUUGUAAUGUCUGCUCUACAGCAGUCUUUCUCUCUGGUAUUAUAUCAACUGUUUUUUGUUUUCACAUUUAUUUUAGCUAGCUGGAAUACUUUUAAAGAAAGACUGACACAUUUCCUUUUGCUGUUUUUUAAUGGAGUAUUCACCUUUAGUACAUGGAACGGUUGUAAGGUUUUGUCACAUUACAAAUCUAAAUGUCGUAGUGGCUGCAGCCAUUUUGAAUGAAAACAACAUGUUUAUGGCCUUUGUGCCAAUCUGUGUACUCCUGCUAUGAUUCUCUUUGUUGCUACCAUUUGUGAACAAUGUGAAAUGUUAGGCCAAAAUAGGCAAAUUAGGAAAAGAAAAUUCUACUUUUGGUCUAAACUUUUAAUUUGGUGGUUUAUUCCCAGCUUAGUGAAUAGGCAGUAAAGUGUGAAUUGUGUUUACUGGAAUGACAGUCUGUGCCAUGUGUCUAUUGCAGGAUUACAGCAUUGAUGAGGAAGCGGCACUUCAAGCAGCCCUUGCUCUGUCCCUGUCUGAGAACUGAAGACCCCAUUUAGACGUCAGGUCCCCUCUCUCGGUGCUGCCAACCAUGGCCGAGGCUUGUACAUUCCUUCCAAAUUUAGCCAAUCACAUUUCCUUUCUCCCCAUGCCUUUUUUUAUGUUAGUAUUAUUUUAUAUUAAGGUGGAAUCUUUUUUGAAUUUCAGAGGGGAAAGGUGGAAGGUGAGGGGAUGGCACGUUGGUUAAUUUUAAGGCCAAAAAGGGUUCACAGUGCAAUUUAAAAAAGCUGGAUGCUACCGGGAGACCUUUUCAAUAUAUGUUUAUGGGUGCCAGUGCUGUGGUACCCACCCGUGGUUGCUUACAGAGGCAUUACUAUGGCAAUAUAAAUGGUAUAGUCUGGCCACAAACCUGCAUUUCGCAAAGGCUGCUCUUUUGCUUCUGUAUCUGCUGAUGUCUUCAACAGACUUGCCGUUAGUUAACCCUUUAUAUGUCAGUAGCAAUUGGCAUCUUAAGUGAGUUGCUCAUCCUUACAUUCAAGGGUUCACAAAGUCUGUUUAACAGUAAUAAUAAUUUGUAAAAAGGAUGGUUGUAUAUUGUGAUAGGUCUCCUGAGGUUUCUAUUUUGGGUAGAUAUGUCUGAUUCUCUGAAGCUUCCACCUUUUAAGCAGUGAUGGUACCACUGAAGCCAAAUUGGGUAGCACUUGAGUUCCUUCGGAGGAAACCACAAAGCGGGCAAACUAUUUUAUUUUUUUAUUUUUCUUCUUAAAUUUGGUUUGACCAAGUAGAAGUGGGGUAAUCCCCGCAAUCGCACCUUAAAGUUUCCAGUAGCUUUGUGGGCAUGGACCAGCAAUGUAGGUUUCAGCUGUGCCAAUAGAGCUGCCAGGAAAAGAUCUUAACUGGGCGGCAGUGGUACUCUUGCUGUGUACACCUUUUCUCUGAGGGUUCACGUUUGUGCUGAUUGCCCCGGGCUUCUCAUAGGUGACAUCACACUCUUGUGGACUAGAACACUGCAGGAGGUCGUCCCUUUAACCAGUAGUUGCCUAAAUUUGAAUAGCACAGUCUUGUUUCAAUUUUUUUAACUUACGGGAGUUUGGAUCCCAUUGGCCAGCAAUGUCUCCCGUCCGUUUUAGUUUUCAUGUUCAUUAUAUUUAUUUUAUAAACUUUUAAUACAGUAUUAUGACAUUCCGAAUUGUAAUGAGACUAGCAAACUGGAUACCCCCAAAAAUCUUGCUGUUUUAACAUAGGGGGUGGUGUUUGGCUAGUCCCACUAUUCCCCCACAAAUCUUUCACCAACCAUUUUGGGUGAUUCCAAUCUUAAACACAAACCACUUCAUGUUACGGACCAGUUUGCAAAACUUUCAUGGGGCUGGGACCAUCUUUUUCUUUACAACAAUCAGCAUGUAUGCAAAGUAUUGCAUCCCAAUAAUGUAACCCCUGCAGUGCCCUAGGCCUUGACCACAUGACUCAGAGGUCAAUGGGUGACUAGUUUUGUACUGGCUUUUCUGAUAAGUUUUUGGCAUUUUUACUGCAUUAGUGUGAAGCUUUGAUAUUUUAUAGUGUAAAAAGUAUGUAAUAUAAACUAAAGAAAAGAAGAAAUGUUUUUCUUCAUACUGCAAUGUUGUGUGUUUGAUUCGUAAUAAUAGUAUUUUUAUGGAACAUAGGAUCUAUAUUUUUUUUUUUUUUUAAACAAAAAAGUCAUUUUGCAGCAUUACGGUACGUGGGUGCAAAAUAUGUUAUGGCUCAAGGAAAAGAUUUUUUUUUAUUUUCAUUAUUCUAGUUUUUGGAUUGUCUCCUUAGACUAAUACAACCAAAAAAAUGUUUUGGGGGAAAAAAAGAUGCAAAAGUCUUCUAAAUUAAUUUUGUACUUUUAGAAUGCUCAUUUUAAUAUAAGAUAAUUUGGCUGAGGUGCCAAGUUUUUAUUCUGAAUCCACCUCCAACUUGUAUAUACAAGCAGUUUAUUUUAUUUUUUACAGAUAGAACAAGAUGGCCAUAAAACAGUGAUUGCCAAACUUCUUUCCCACGAUGCUUUGCAAGCCAAAGGCUAGCAAAGUACCAUGGGAGACGUAGUUCCUGCAAAGCAGCCAGAGAGCUACAUAUUGGCUGCCACCUGCUGUAAAGUGAUGGAGAAGAGUCUGUCUGUGCUGCAAAAUGUUGUGUAUUAUUUUUGCAAUCACGCUAUACAUGAGAGAUUUGUUUACUUUUAACAGGGAAUCGACUGGUGAUGUAACUUUGGGGUUUAUUUACUGCACUGUGAGUUGACAGCCAAACUGCAAAAUUUACUUCAGAAUGGGGAAAACCAAAUCUUUAAUUUAGUUUAGCCUCUGCCUCGGCUCUUAUGUAACAUUUUUCAGUUCACACGGUCACUGUUUAGUCAAUAAGCCCUAGGUGUGUUCAAACUAUGCUUUCAUUAUUCCCAGUGCCCUGCAAUAAAGGGUUUUUUCCACCCUAAGAUCUUACAAAUUAAAGUAAACCUGGAGGAUUGCCCCGUAUCAGAUUAACCAAGUUGAAUUUAGGAGAAUGCAUAAUACGCUCCACGCAUAGUUCCAAAAUGUUUACAGACACAGCAGGACAUACGUACCAAAGACCCAAAUAUAGAUAGACUGCAAAUCUUCCCAUUGCCUGUGUGCAUCUUGGCUGUCCAGUUGAUGAGUUUAAAUUUUCAAAGGGAAAAAUCUGCUUAAGGUUAUGUAUAUUGUUUUUGUGCCCUUUUGAUAGCUCUUGAUGUCAAUGGCAAUACUCAGUUUCAAGUCGUUUCCCUGUGAAAAGCCCUAAUUGCAUGAAAGCGAUUGAAGGUGUACUUGGGGUUUUCCAGAUGCUUCUAGCCUGUCUUAUUUUUGCUACCCAGAAGAGGGCAGCAGCCAUAGCUUGCAUUCAGGCCAUUAAACCCAAGUUGGAGAUUGGGUGGCACAAAUUUAUUUAAUUCCGGUUUAAUACUGAAAGGAAUGUGUCAACCACUGCAAACACUCCACUAGAAAAAGAUGAGGGUCAUGCUGCCUGAGGGACCUGCAGCACGUUGCAGCGUGGUCGAUAUGACCAAACUGGCAGUCUUAUUAAUGCUUCAUAAUACAGUGUUGUGGCACAUUCAAUUAAUCGGCAGCGAAAGGAGGUAAAGGUAUUUUAAUUACACUUUUAAAGGAAUCUAGAACGGUAUGUUUGUUUUUUAAUACAGUCUGUAAUGUUACAAAUUCUUUUAUUCUAUUACCACAUAUGAUACCUGACCCUUCUCCUUUACAUUUGUCAACGAAGGCCCUUUUUUCCUGUCCUUGACCUGCACUUUUCUUAAGUCUUAUGUUGACAAUAGAUUCCCUUUGAUGUGUAAUUAAUAUCAUGUUUAUUCCAGUCUCUAAUCUUGGUGACUCUGGGCACCAUAACCACUGCAGCAUAUUGUAGUGGUUGUGAAGCAAGGAGUCUGUGGGCACCCCUCCUCCAAUUGUACUAAAUGAAGUGGAUUGACAAAAUCUGCAGCCCUCUUCAGCUGCUCGGCCAAUCUAGAAAAUAAUUUCUGUAUUAGUCUGUCAAACUUUAGACAGUGAUAAUCUGAAAUCACUGGAGGAAAGUUAGCCUCGCGUUCACAGCAUAUCAUUGCUCCGUUAUUACACAAUCCACUAUAUUUAUAUACUAAUCCUGCCUUUGCAUGACACAGUUGGUCUUCUUCCUCAUUAUAGGGCAAAUUGUCAAUAAUUUAUACUGUCCCAGAAUGGCUUUGCACCCAAUACUCUUAUUUAACACAUUUUGAGUUUAGGGAAAGUGGGUAAUAUUUCUGUCCAUAUUUCGAUGUUUGUCAGGUAUUUUACUCUAAACCACAAUCUCUCUACCAAAUUUCCACUUGAAAACCUGCUUUGAAAGGGCAUUCAAGUUUGGCCCAAUCUCCAGUUUGCAUACCCAAAGUUUCUUCAUAUGAGUUCAAAUGAUUCCAUGCGCACCUUCACAAGAUAAAUGGUUGUAUUUGGCUGUGCAUGAAGCAAAAAAAAAAUAAUCUUACCUCAGAUGAACAAUGCAAAUAAGUAUUUUGUUUCUGUCUUCUCGUUCUCAGUCUGUCCUUGUUAAUAUUAUUUUAUUUCCUAUUCUGUGAUGAAGCGUGGCACAACAAAACCAAUUGUCCCCUUUGAGUUUUGUGAUACUUUCUGUUAAGAGUAAUGCUAAAAUCAAGGCUAAAAUAGCUAAAUGCGUUAAAUGGGAACAUUUGAGAAACAGUGCACCUUUCACUGUAUUAGACUAUGCCUUAACCAGGCUAGAUGACGGUUAUAGAGCAACAACAGAUGGAUAGCCAGAUAUUGCCCACACCUUAAUAUCCUGUGGUCCUAGUUAGGCAUGAGAGCAGCCAUUUUGUCACUAGCUGUAAGAUGUCCCAAGUUCAGUUUUAGGGUGUAUAUUUAAGAAUGGUGGAAAUCUUUAUACAGCUGCUAAUACCAACAGCAGAUCUAUUGCUAUUCAAAUGCUGCUUCUUACAGAAGUCCCAGUAGUUGGUGUAUCUGCAUUUUAUGUAACAAUGCAAGAGCUCCCUAUACCUAUUGGCCUGUAGUGAUAGUCAAAAAUUAAAUGAGCCAUUUGCAAUGACUAAUAUAAUGCAGCUAACUAAUUUUAAUAUGACAAAGGGCACAGGAAUUUUACAUAAAUAUUUCUUCUUAAUGGCAUUUUUGACCAAACUAGCCAAUUCCUUGCUGAAAUCAAAUGAAUCUUAACUUCUUAUGAGCCACGGACAUCCCAGGCAUCUCAGGAUAUAAAUGGAUGUACAUAGACUCUGUUCUUUUAGGGAUUAAUGAAUAAUACAACUUGCUUGGCUAUGUUUUGGCACUUUUUGUAAAUGGGUGAUGUCUGCUUUGAGUAAAUCCAAGUCGGGAAGGCUUUAUUUGCUAAACGGUAAAUCGAAAAACUAGAUGGCAGAACAUGAUGAUCUGCAAAAAAUAACCAUCUCGGCUGUAGACACAGCUGGAUAUUUUAGACCAAAUUUUGCAAACCUGUUUCAGUUCAGAUUUGAAGGAAUAUGCCUUAAAGUGUUGAAAUAUUGCGAGUUGAUAUGUCCUCUGUCAUGAUUUGCAGCUAUAAGUAGAUAUACCCCCCUAUUUCUAAGUCAUGUAAACUGCAGGAGGUACACGGGAUGACAGCGGGACAUGUCAUGUUCUUUUAGACCCUUUUCCUUUCUUCCAGGCUUGUUUUACACAAAGUGAAGGAUGUAAGGGGCGCACAUGGUCUGUGGAAAUUGUCUGUCUGUGAAGUUAUUACACCGUGUCUCUGUUACCUGUGUUAUUUUGCAUUCUAUGCUGAAUACUAGAAGUUUUGACAAUAAAUACUGUUUUUUGGAAGUAAAAACAAAAUUUAUUAUGUAUUUGUAGCAAAAUCAUUUUUCUCAGUAAAAUCCUGUUUCAUUCCAAAAAAAA